AUGCGAUCGUCUAUGUUUUUUGCUGUGUGUGCAGCUGCGGCCCUGCAGACUGCUCUGUCGUCACCAAUCCACCCUCGCCAUGCGCAUCAGUCAUUCCCGAACACUGAACAAUGGCCGAUUGCAACAGUCGGAAAAGCUCUAAAGCAACAACUUCCAGACGAAGAGCUUCAAGGUAUCCUGUCACAAGUCUCGCAGGAUAAUAUCGAAGCGACGAUUCGGAAGCUCGCCUCCUUUGGCACACGCCACACUCUGUCUAGCCAGACCGACCCAGCCCGUGGAAUUGGCGCCGCAAGGACAUGGCUCACUGAGCAAUUCCAAGAAGCGGCAGAUGCGAGCGAAGGGAGAAUGACCGUAGACUGGAACAGCUUCGUCAAAUACCCGGGCGACAAUGAGAGAAUUAUAUUUCCAGUCAACAUCACAAACAUCGUUACGACUCUGAAAGGUAGCGAAGACCCCGACAGAUUAUACGUUACUGGCGGCCAUUAUGACUCCAGGAACAGUAAUCCCAUUGACUACCAAGGUGAUGCGCCGGGAGCUGUUGAUGUAAGUAACUCUUGCUACACGAAUUGGGUCUGGGAAGACGCAUCUGGUGUUGCUGUUUCUCUCGAGCUUGCGCGCAUCUUUGCCAAAUACCAACCGAAAACUACAAUCGUCUUCACUGCUUUUGCAGGAGAAGAACAAGGCCUCCUUGGAGCCGAAAAUCUCGCUCAAACGUACAAGAACAACUCUGUUAACGUCGCUGGCAUGAUAAACCUGGACAUGGUUGGAAACUCAAAAGCGGAAGACGGCACAAGCGACCCCUACAACAUCCGUCUAUUCUGUCAAGGUACUCCUCUGACCGAAAACUCGACUACGACAACCUCCCGCCUCAGCAUCGGCGGAGACAACGACAGUCCAGCUCGCAACCUUGGUCGCCACAUCUACGAAGUCGCUUCCAAUGCCUUCACCGAAAUGACCGUCCGCCUGAUCUACCGCCUCGACCGUUACAGCCGCGGUGGUGACCAUCGUCCAUUCCUUGAGGCCGGCUACACAGGCGUCCGCUUCGUCCAGCCCAACGAGGAUUACACCCAACAGCACCAGAACGUCACUGUCCGCAACGGCAAACAGUACGGUGAUCUAGUCGAAUGGCUUGACUUUGAGUACAAUACCCGCGCGGCCAAGGUCGUUGCGAGCACCAUGUGGAGUCUCGCGAAUGCGCCUGGCGAGCCGAUGAAUGUUGGUAUCAACACGACCACUUCUGACAACUUUAGCCAGUUUAAGUGGACGGCGCCAAAGGGACUGCCGGUCGAGGGCUAUGAGAUUGUGUACCGAGAGACGCUGGAGCCGCAUUGGACGAGCGUGAUUGAAGUUGGGGAUGUGAACUGGUAUAACCUGACCAGCGCUACGAUUCACAAGGACAAUGUCAUCUUUGGAGUCAGGAGUGUGGGGAAGGGAGGGUAUAGGAGUCCGGCGGUUUUGCCGUUUCCGUUUGGGUGUACGAGGAACUGCUAG